GAGAGAGAGUGAGUGGAAGAGAGGGAGAUGGCGAGCGAGAAGAGAGACGGUGAAAGAGACUGACAAAAAGAGACCUAAUUACAGCAUUCUUUCCAGUUGGAACAAAUUGUAUGAAGUAUUUGCUCGCAGGGUAAGUGCAAAGAACUCCGCACGACUCCGUACCGUUAACAACGUUUUUGAUGUCCAUCGCACUCUCGGACCUGCGUGAUGGAGCGCAACUGCACGUGCAAGCAAUUCGCCACACUAUGGUUUUGCAGGGCGAUAAUCACAACUUUCUAAUUUCAACCUGCCUCAAAUCCAGCCAUAUGAGCAUGUAUCUUCACUUCCCAGGUUCCUUUCAUUGUCGCAGAACGCUCAUCUUCGCGCGUUUCUCCUGCGUCGGAACCCGCACGAAACUCCGAGGAUGAACGUGCUUGCUCUGUUCUUCGGCUGCUGUGCGCUUUUGUGCAUGCACUUGGUAUCGCAAGCCCUUGGUCUCGAAACCAAACCGAGAGGAACGUCCUCGGCAGCAAACCACGGCGCCAAGAUCUCGCGCAUACGCGCUUCGGCGCCGCGGAUUCCGGCUGAAACGGUGCCCACGCACAGCGCAGCGCACGCGCCAUCAGGACUCACCGCACGCACCGGAGUAAAAGCCGUCCUCUCGGCGCAUCAGAGAGCGUCGGCAAAACGGAGCGUGAAGGUGAAAGGCAAAGCGGAGGAGAAAGAGACACCAAGACAACCGGUUGUCACACCGCAUGAUUACAUGUUGUCUCUUUACUGGUCUCUGUCCACUGGGCAGAUGAACCGGAGCGCAAUGCAUGAGGCGGGCAUGGCUAACACCAUUACGAGCUUCGUGGACAAAGGGCAAGAUGAGCAUGUGCCCCUGUUAAGGCGCCAGAGGUAUUAUUUUAACAUCAGCUCCCUGGAGAAGGAGGGACUGCUUGGAGCUGAAUUACGCAUUCUCCGAAAACCCUUCAUUGAUCCUCGUAGAAUCCCUGCCACUGAGAGCAGAACCUCUCUUCGACUUUACACAUGUGCCACAAGUAAGCAGAGGGCUAUUUUGCUCCAGUCGCAGCCCAUAGAGGAUCGCAGCAUCCCGAAAUGGGAGGUGUUUGACAUUUGGAAACUAUUCAAAAGUUUCAGAAACACUGUUCAGCUUUGUUUUGAGUUGGAGGCAAUGGAUCGAGGCCGCCCAUUGGAUCUCAGGUCACUUGGCUUGGAUCGUUCAGGCCGACAAAACAAGGAGAAGGCAUUCUUUGUGGUGUUUAGCCACACAAAGAAGCAUGGUCUCUUUUACAACGAGAUCAAGGCACGCUCAGGUCAUGACAACAAAACUGUCUAUGAGUACCUGUUUACACAGCGCAGGAUGCGCCGGGCACCACUGCCACGUGUCAAAAAGCCGAGCAGAAGUCCAAAGACACGAUGCAACCGCAAACAGCUGCAUGUUAACUUUAAGGAGAUGGGCUGGGACGACUGGAUCAUUGCACCACUGGAGUAUGAGGCCUUCCACUGUGACGGAGUCUGUGAUUUUCCCAUCCGUUCACAUCUAGAGCCCACCAAUCAUGCCAUCAUCCAGACACUCAUGAACUCCAUGGAUUCUCACUUGACUCCCCCCACAUGCUGUGUACCUACCAGACUCAGUCCUAUCAGCAUCCUCUACAUUGACUCAGCUAAUAAUGUUGUGUACAAGCAGUAUGAGGACAUGGUGGUAGAGAGUUGUGGCUGUAGAUAGCCAAAAGUACUAGAAGCGAAUGCUAAGGGAAAGCAUUCUACUAUUUUAAAACUAGACAUAUUGUUCUUAUAUUAUGUGGCUUACUGUGGGCCAUUGGUGUCCUCUCUUAAUGCAAAUUUCCACCACUAGACUUGAUGGGUUCAACCAUAUGAUUUAGGUCACUGGAAUACAUACACAUUCUCGUACAUUCUCGUAUUUGUUAAUCUAUUAAGGUGCGCAACCUUUACAAAGUUCUCUGUAUUCAUAUUUAAGCAGGUGUGUAACUUGAGCUGAGCAGUCCAUUCAAAUCUGUUUUUUCUGUCAGUGGUAUGUUCCAGCAACCUGAUCUAAACACUGCUUCACUCCUAAAUAAUUGUAUAAUGAAUUGGAUAAUGAUUUCUACUAUAUUUCAAUACAAACAAUAGAUUUUUUAAUAGAGUUCCUGCUCCAUAUAGCCCACAAAGACCAUGCGGUUGGCACUUGCCAUGGCAUCAUUAUUACAUUUUUCUGUAAUGUAAUAGACCCACGAAAUCUACUAUACCCACUAAACUAACUAAAGUAAAUCUGAUAAAAUAUUAUAGAUGCCAAUUGUUGUCAACUGUAAAUAACAUUUUUCUGGUUUAGAAUAGACAUUGUUCUUUUUCUAUUCAGAUUUAUGUAGGUGCUGGAAUUUAAUUUCUGGACAGUCCUUUCAAAUUACAAAAACCUGGUUUUCUAGUAUAGCUCACUCAGGACAGGAGUUUUUCAGUUGGUUCUGUACCAGUGCCUUUAAAGACAAGUACUUUCCUUUAAACCUGAAAAAAUGGUAUGAAAUAAAAUGCAAACAGCUCUUAACCAUGUCAGUUGUAAUAUGAUGUAGGUAAAGCAUCAAAUAAGUAUUUAAUAGAAAUGUUGUACUACACUGAAAAUAUAUUAUGGCUGAUUGACAUGACCAGGAUGUGGAUAGCAUCCUAGAUGUCAAUUAUGCAAUAUCUGCAAAUUGUUUGUAGUUCCAAAUAAAUGUCAUAGAGUGGUGCUGGACUU